CGUCACUUGUCGGUGGUCCUCCGGUCUUCCAUGCUCACCAGUCAUCCCGACUUGUGACCCGACUGGAGACAUGGGACCGUGGACUCUCCAAACCGGGAGCGACCCAGACAACUUCAACCAAGGGACGGAAGUAUUUUCCUCGCAAAGACGUUGAUUACCGUUUUCAUUUUUAUUUCGAAAAACCUAGAUGACAACUGUUUUUUUAACACCGAGGGCAAAGUGCCACACCUUCGCGUAGCGCAACAGAUCUUCCACCCGGCCGGCCAAAUGGGGUGCCGAUGCUGCCGGAUGAUGAAAAGUUAUAUGUCCGACCCCUCUGCGGCAGUGGACAUGAGAAAGACAGACUCCUUCUACCACACUCACAACCUCUCAAGCGGGGCCCUCAGCAGCCGCUCGCUAAGGGGCCACCGCUCGCAGAAGGAGGACAAGGAGGGCUUCCACAACCUGGCUUACAGUAUCUCCAGUGACAGCAGCCUUAGACUGGAGGUGGACAACAAUCAUGUCAACCACAGGCUGCACGCCGCUCCUGUGCCCGCAACAGCCAGUGCCCCCACUGUGGAGGGCGGCCUCUACAUAAUCCAACCGGACGCUCUGGGGCCACAGUGGGUGAUGCAGGACAAACGGCACAGUCAGGUGCCGGUGUACCCGGCCUUUCAGGCCUAUGAUAACCAGAGGGUUUUUGGUGAGCUGAGACACUGGGACAGCCCCCUAUCUGAGUGUAUCAACGCAGGCGGGAGCUUGUCCGUAGACGAGGUGGACGAAGGUGUAGGGGGGACGCCGGAGUACCCGUGCGACACCGGGGACGAGGCCAGCGUCUUGUCAGUGGACAUCCAAACCAGCACAACCAGCCUGUCGUCAGUGGACACCAAAGACGAGCGCAGAUGCAAGGCGGCCGACGUGUCCACCAUGGAGAGCGGCAUCUGCGUGACAAAGAGCGAGGACGAGGAGGACGACAAUGGGGAUGAGGUGCAAAGCGUCACAGACUCAAUGGUGGCCGAGGCCCUGGCUGCCCUGGAAGCUGCCACGGCGGGGGAGGACUACGAGUGAGGGAUGCAAGUGGACUGCAGUCAGAAGGAAAACUGUUUACAAGAGCAAGUCCUGGUUUGCAAGGGAAGUGUGUCAACACUCCAGUCCAAUCCAAUCCAAUCCAAUCCAGUAGUAACUGAAUCUUCAAGCCUUAGUUUGGAUUUUUUUUCCCCUCCAUUUGUUCAUACAUUUAUUUUAAUUCUUGCUUCUUUCUGUUGUGGUAAAUGAUUGUAUGUAUUGACUACAAUGACAAUAAAUCUUUCAUACAUG